AUGUUUCAGAUACUAGAUUGGCAAUAUUACAUUGACCGUCUUGGGGCUGCCAUUCAGAAAAUCAUUACAAUUCCUGCUGCACUCCAGCAAGUAUCAAACCCUGUACCUCGUAUGCCUCAUCCAGAUUGGUUGCAAAAGAAGCUUUUGGAAAGAAAUGAUGUUUUUAAACAGAGAAAAAUCAGUGAGCUCUUUUUACCUCAAGCUAAACCACAGGUUGAAAAUGAGGACACACCUCCUGCUAUAAAAGACAUAGAAGACAUUGGUAGCACUAAUAAAUCUCCAAUGCCUCUUUCUUCAAGAGUGACCAAGAGAAAAAGAGAAUUGUCCAAUGAAAAUGGAGACAGUAAAGCUUUGGAUUCACAAAGUGAGUCAACUACUCAAACAUGGCGAGAUAUAUUAGGGCCGCCACCGUCUAUGGGUAAAACUAAGGCUGAAAUACAAGAAUGGUUGCAGUACCAGAAGAAAAAGUGGGCAAUUCAAGCCAAAAAUAAACAGCUUCAAAAACGUCAGCGUUUAGAUACUGUAGACAUUGGUGCAACACCAAUUGUUGGACGCCUAGGUUUGAGUAAUUUCCUGCGAAAAACUGCUCGAAGUAUAUUGGAUCUACCUUGGCAAGUAGUUCAGUAUGCUGAAACUAAUGUACCUGGUCAGUUUCGAUUGUGGGCCCUCAUUGGACCUGAUCUUCAUAUGAUGAAAUUGAAUGUUCCUCGAAUAUUUUAUGUGAAUCAGAAGACUGUAAAGGAAGGAGAAGGUGUCAUGUGGAAGAAAGUAAUGAAAACCUUGCCUCGAUCUCACCCUGUGUUAAACUUGUACCAGUAUUCUGUACCAGAAACUGUUUAUUUAGAACAUUGCAAUGAAAUUAAUGCUGACCUUUCAUCACCAGACAUUGAAGGUGUGUAUGAAACACAAGUACCUUUGAUGUUCCGUGUGUUGGUUCAGUUGGGUUCUGUGGUGACAGUGAAUAGAGAUUAUGUUCCACUUUUGGCUGGCAAGGAAACUGACACAUUUGAUAUGGAAAUGUUGGAAUUCCGAACCCUUGCUCAAUAUUCUUACCUGGAAACAGACUCCAUGAAACAUAUUUAUCUUUAUCAUCAUGCUUGUGGAUCCAAGAUGAUGUAUGGUCUAUUUUUCCCUAUGUCAAAGAAGGCCAACAUUUUUGUUCUUGACACCGUCCAAAGUGAUCAGAUGCCAAAUAUGUCUGCUUUGUAUAAUGCUGAGAGAAAUUCAAAAAUAACUAAAGGUGCUGAUGCUGACCUUUUACCUCCCCGUGGAACUCACACAUUUGAUAUUAAUUUUGAAACACAGAAUCACCAAAUCUACAGAAGUAUUCAAAGACUUUUAGCAGCUUACAAAGAUGAAAAACGAGGUCCAACACUUCUGGUCAUUCAGUCUUGCAUUGAUACAUCUGAACUUUGCAAUGCUAUGCCAGAGUUGAUUAAUUUUCCUGUGGUACCCAUCUAUGCACCCGACAGUGAGAACUUAUACAAUGUGCUUGAUUGGCAGAGAGUGGCCAGUCGAAGAAUGUUUCAACAUUACAUGAAUGUUCAGUUGAUUUUACAAGUGAUGCUCGAACAAUGUCGUUAUUUCCAUAUUCCUCUUGGCAAUAUGCCCAAAGAUAUCAUGAUGUUUGGCUGUGACCUUUUCUUUGCCCGUCAUCUUCAGAAGCACAAUCACUUGCUUUGGUGUUCUCUGACUGACAGACCUGACCUUGGUGGAAAAGAAGCAGAUGACCAUCGCUUAUGUAUGGAAAUGGAAGAGAAGACAACUAUUGAAGUAAAUAAUCCUGGUGCUUACUCAACUGUCUGUGUGGAAAUGGACAUGUCCAGUUUAGCUGUGAAUACUGUUAUUGAGUCUUCUCAUGUUAAUGACCAGGAAGGAGCAAGUGCAGUCAGUUUUGACUUGUUACCCCAAACCUCUCUUGAAGAUAUGAUGCAAGGACAAGGAGCUGCCAUGAUGCUAACCAGCUAUGAUGAAACUGCCUUGUCUUCAGUUACAUUUAGAGUUUUGAAGACUAUGGUUCAAGGCUGGGUAAGGGAUGUGACAGCCUACAGAAAUGUUUUUGCAGAUAAUCAAAUUGUCCAUUUUUACAGAUGGUUGAGAUCGCCAUCUGCCUUGAUGUAUGAUCCAGCUUUAAGAAGAACUCUUAGUGGCAUGAUGAAAAAAAUUUUCAUGCAGCUCAUUGCAGAAUUCCAGAGGUUAGGCUCUGUAAUUGUGUAUGCCAAUUUCAACCGUAUUUUGCUCUGCACCAAGAAACAGUCUAUUGACGAUGCAGUCGGCUAUGUCAGUUAUAUUAGCAACAGUAUAAAAUCUCGAAAUCUCUUUCAUCUGAUUGAAUUUACACCUGAACAGUGUUGGGAAUAUCUUCUCUGGAUGGAUCCUGCUAACCAUGGUGGAGUAAAAGGCAAAUUGCCUUCCUCAAAAAACACUGAUGAUGAUAAUGAAACCGCACCUGAUGAACAAACAGAGCAGAAUUCUGAAGAUGAUGAACUGCAAGAACAAAAAGAAGAAAUUUUGAAUCAAUCUGAUGAGGAAGAGGAGCCUGAAAUUGAAAUGAAUUGGAAUAUUGUACAUUUCUUGCCAGAAUCUGGUGCCUGUCAAACCAACUUCAAUAUGAUAAUAGCUGGAUAUAUCUUAUCAAUGUACAACCAAAUCCAGCAAGAAUAUCAUCGCAGGACUCCUGGUAACACUCCAAUACGAAGACGACCAAGUCAGACACAGACUAUCACUGAUUAUUCAACAGCACCAUGUAUUGUAACCUUUGCCCAAAAUCUGAUCCAAGGAGAUCUUGCCCAACAAAUGUUUAUGUUGACUCAAAAAAUACAAAAGAAACUGAGUGGGCACCACCAUGGGGGUGGAUCUAGUGAGUUCCCCACCCCUCCAGGAUCACAUUUACCUCUCAUCAGUCCAGCUCUAGAAUUUGUCAAAAGUGUCAUCAAGGUUCUCUCCCUUGAUUCUAAUGUAACUCUACAAACAAGCAAAUUGAAAAGAGAUCUUUUACGUUUGAUUGGUUUUGGCGAGUUUUCUCCCUGUUCCCAAUUUAAAGAUCCUUGCUUGUCAUAUGUCCUGCCAGAGGUAAUCUGCAAGACGUGCAACCAUGUUCGUGAUGUUGAUCUCUGCCGGGAUCCUUACCUCUCCAAUGAUACACCAGGUGCCACUUGGGCUUGCAUCCAGUGUGAGACUGAGUAUGACAUUUUUGAAAUAGAACACAGCCUUAUUGAAGUUGUCAAUCGAAAGUCCAUGGCAUACACAUUGCAGGAUUUGCGGUGUGUCAAAUGUAAAGGGGUAAAGGAUAACAACAUGCAGUCUUAUUGCUCAUGCGCUUGUGAUUUUGAAACCAGCAUGUCACGUGAUAAUUUCCUUCUCCACAUGAAAACCUUCCACAGCAUUGCCAGUCACUACAAGAUGCAAAUACUUCUGGAGACUAGAAGAUCCUUUCAUUGGAGUAAUAGCCACAAUAACAGUAAUAAAUUAUAUGAUUGUGAAAAAAAGCGAGACAGAAGGCGGGUAUAUAGCCGCUCUCGGCAUCAAAUUCCCAAAAGCAGCAUUCAGGAGUGGAUUGAGAAUGUAGAAAAAUCAGUGUUUGAUGAUGGCACACUUGGGCAAGUGAUGUCUCCAGGAAUGCAUUUGCCUUCUCCACAAAAAUACAGCCGAAUAUCAUUAGCUCAGAUGACACUUGACCAGCUACGGCAUCAUGAUGAAGCCCAACAAGAAGCUGAAGAUUUACUCAAUGAGUGGGUACAAAAUAAAUUAUAUGAACCAAAUGUAUUGAAUAACGAUUUGGAUGAGUUUCUCGACCAAGCAAAUAAAGGGAAAAACCCCAGUCAUUCUCCAGAACUUUCCCUCUCUCUGGAUUUUGAUGAAGAUGCAGCAGUAGAUGCUGUAUUGCAAAAAAUGUUGCAGAAAAACGUUGUUCCUGUGAAAGUACGCAGUGAAUUGGGACUUGAUAUGUCAAAAAAGCAAAUUGAUCCCAGAGUCAAAAUGGAACUCAGGCGUAAACAGGUGAGAGAGAAUCGAAUGAAAAGAGAAAAAGAAAUGGAAAAAAGACACCAGGAAAUGCAGUUGAAAAAAGAAGCACGACUCAAAGCUCAUCAAAAGAUUAUGGAGGAGGAGAAAUUGAAGGAAGUCAAAAGACGUCAGGAAGAAUAUGAGAUCCAAAAACAAAUGGCACUAAUUCGAAAACAGAUGACAGAGGAGAAAAAGAGAGCAGAAGCACAACGAAAAAAAGAGCAGAAACUUGCUGAGAAAUUAUCUGAGUCAUCAGAACCAGAGAUUUGCCACAAGGAAUGGACAGAAAUUAAAGAAACAUUUGAGGCCAGUAAACAAGUGCAUCAACAGCACGAGGCAGCCAAAAUGGAGAUGUUGAAAAUUCGACAGAAAACUUUAGAAUUACAGACUUUACACCGCCAUUUUUCUGCUUGGUAUGCUUUCGUGCUACAACAACGACUUCUGGUUGACAAAACUUGUGCCCUGGCAGACUGGAAACGACUUCUACGUUGUUGGAACAAAUGGAAGUCUGUAACCAGACAGCAUCAAAUUGACAAAGAAUUACAAAAACAUCAGCAGGACAUUAAGGAUAACCAAAGGAAGGACAAAAAAGCCAGUCUACAUUAUACUGGACACUUAUUACAAAAAUACUUCCUCACAUGGCAGUUGUAUGUGCUUGGAGAAAAGGAACGUCGUCAACUAGAAGAAUCUCAAUUAGCAACGAAAAAAAGGAUGGCAGCUCUUUUGGAUGCUGCUUUCUCAAGGACAUUACCUUCCUCUGGAAGCCCUACUGAAAAGGUAUUAGAUAAACAAGCCCUUAACAAAAAGGAAGAGUCACCGGACACAGUGAGAAGUGAAAAUAAUGGCAAAGUUGACAGACCUACAAAAGAUUCAACCAGAUUGCUUGUUACUGUGAAUGGAAAGAAACAAAGCUCAAUGCCAAAUGAACACUGGAAAAUUAAAAGAAGUUUAGUGUACAUGAAACCAUCCAAAAUGGCCGCCAUGCUUGGUGCUGAUAAUAAAAAUGAUAAAAACUGUCAAAAAAGCUUUUCUGGGACGAAUGUUGGUUCUCUUGCAAUUAGCACAAUUGAGAGGCAAUUGGACUCCCAAAAGAAGUUAGUGAAAGAACAACAGAAACAACUCAAAGAACAGAGGAGAAUGAUUGAACAGCUUCAAAUUGAUCAACGACGUCAGCAGUUAAAGAAAGAAUUGAAAAAUAUGCAGACAACUGAUGGUGACAGACGUUCUGGCAAAGAACAAAUUGACUUGUGCUCUGAAAACAGUGCAAGAAGUCACAGCCAGCCAAUUACAAAAAGAAGAAACAGUAUUUCAGAACCUCAUUCUUCAACAUCUUCUCCAAGAAGGAGUAACAUGAGGAAUUGUGACCAGAAGAAAACCUUUGCCUUACGCCGUUCCCAAAGUAUGGAUUAUAUUAACACAAAAGAUCAGAAGAUACUGAAAAAUAUGGAAGCACGAGCUACUGAACGAAAAAGAAUGAAAGAAGAAAGGGAAGCUCGGAAGCAACAGAAAGCAGAAGAAAAAUUGGCUCUUCUGAAGGCUGCUGAGAAGGAACAUCUGAAACGAGAAGAGGAGGAAAGAAAAGCCAAAUUAAGAGCACGUCAGGAACAAAAACGUUUAGAACAACAGCGAGAAGCUGAACGUCAAAAGAAGCUUGCCGAAAUACAGCGACUAAAUACCCAAGCAGAUGAUUUUCAUAAAUACCUGUUACUGAAAUAUAAAGGAAUUCUCCCAUGGAAGAAACUCAUUGUUAUUACACAUAAUAAUCAUAUCCAAGCUGUACAGCAUAGUGCCUCAACAUUACUCAGGAAAUGUUUGAAAGCUUGGCAUGUUCAUGUGAAGGAGACAAAUAACUUGAGGAAUGAAUUGGCAAAUUCCAAAUGCAAGCAACUGUUAGUUGUACGCUUUUUCCAUCGGUGGAGAAAUUACAACAAUUACACAACCAUUUUGGAGCAGAAGGCAGAUCGCUUCUAUUUGAGCAAUCUGUGCUUUAAGUCCUUCAAAGCUUGGCUUAAUUAUUCUAGUGAGCAGACUUUGGCUAACUGGGAAAAAGAAGAAAUGGCUCAAAAACAUUACCAAAGGCAACUGCAGAGAAGAAUGUUUAGAAUAUGGAAGACAUUUCCAGAAAUGAAAAAAAAAGAGAUGGAGCGUCAGGAGAGGAAGGAGAAAUUACGCCAGAAAGUGUCUAUACUCAUACCAGAUUUUAAAUCAGAACCAUGA